UGUGUAUUAUAUUGUGUUGUGUUCGCUCUGUAGUCUGUACUGGUGUAUGCAUAUAUGAGAAGAGAGAUCUAGAGAGAGAAGAUAGAUCUAGAGAGAGAUGGAAGCAGAGAGCAGCAGAAAUCCAUGUCCGGCGACAGAUUUCAACGCAUUGCCGGAGAAUUGCAUAGCGAACAUGUUGUCUCUGGCGAGUGCUCCAGAGACUUGCCGGCUUUCGUCGCUGGCGUCCACUUUCCGGUCGGCUGCGGAAUCUGACACAGUUUGGGAGAGAUUUCUGCCGUCAGAUUAUCAGGACAUCAUUGCCCGAGCUUCCGAUUCUUCUCCGCCGGUUUUCACAUCUAAGAAAGAGCUUUAUCUCAGCCUCUCCGAUCAUCCCCUCACCGUCGAUGGUGGGACGAAGAGUUUUUCAUUGGAUAAAUGGAGUGGGAAGAAAUGUUUCAUGUUAGCUGCAAGAUCCCUCACAAUUGUUUAUGGUGAUACACCUAUGUAUUGGAGAUGGAUUUCUCUACCCGAGUCCAGAUUCGCUGAGGUGGCAGAGCUUGUCGAUGUGUGUUGGCUUGAAAUUCGUGGGAGGAUAAGUACUCGGAUGAUAUCGCCUGACACAAACUAUGCAGCUUACCUUGUGUUCAAGUGGACGAAAAGAGUAUAUGGAUUUCAAUCCCAACCAGUGGAGGGCUGGGUAGGACUUCGUGGGAGUGAAGAGGAAUUAAGGAGUUUUUAUCUGGAUCCUAAUGGAGGGCAGGGGCGUCGAACUCAUAUUGUACCAAGACGAAGAGGGCGAAUGGGGAUUUUCAACCGCACCCUUACUAAGAUGCAUAGAUCACAAGUCGCCAUGCCAAGUGAAAGCAGCGAUCAAUGUCCGAAGGAGAGAGGAGACGGGUGGUUGGAGAUGGAGUUGGGUGACUAUCUUUACAAGAGUGGAGAAGAUGGGGAUCUAGAAAUAUGUUUGCAAGAAGUGAAGGGUGGCAACUGGAAACGUGGUCUCAUUCUUCAAGGAAUUGAAAUCAGGCCAAAGAAUAGUAAAUAAAUGAUAAGGUAAUGUGCAAAAAAUUGCCACCCUUCACUCUUGCAAAAAAUAAAUGAUAGUAAAUAUAUGUCAUAUGUAGAAUAUGCUGAUUUCAGUUUUUAGGAGUAUUUUGGGGGAUUUAUAAAUUAAAAAAGGUGGUCAAAUUUGACACUAGACAGAUAUUGGGUGCAAUUUGGGCAUAUUUUAAAAUGGUAGAGAUUUACAUGCACAUACUAAAGCAGGUGUGUUUUUUUGCACAUUUUUUAUAGUAGGAUUUUUUUUUUUUUUUUUCACUGUACCCUAAAUGAAAUCAAUAAUGGAUAUAUUUGUAGCCA